GACCAUGGGUGGCAUUUUCGACCACCGACUAAACUAGUCGGCGCCGAAAUCGGCCGAUUAGAUUUCCACCGACCAACUUCUGUAUUAAGCAAUGCAUAAAAAUUGACUUUUUAUUAGUAGGCCGACUAAAAAAAACGCGGUAACCAAUAGUAACCGCGACCGACUAACUUUGGUCGGUAGUUUCUACUUUUUAGUACGGUACUUACAUACGUAAGUCGUAUACCAUUAGAAUAAAGGCAUAUUAAUGCAUUGUCAUGGUACUACACUAACUAUUCAGUCGCACGAGCACGAGAGGACAAAAUCCAGUCGCCUAGAAUAAGAUCGAUCAUUUUUUUCCGGAGUUAAAAAUGGACCUAAAGGGUCGAAUUCUUGUUUAUUCAAUAUCUGGCUGUCCGCACUGCAAAGCUGCCAAAGAAAAAUUAGAUUCGUUAAACUUGCCGUAUAAUGAUGUCAAUUUGGAUAACCACCCGGAGCAAAGAGACAUCAUGAUGAAACUUACGGACCAACGUUCUGUGCCGCAAAUAUUUUUCAACGAACAUCACAUUGGUGGGAAUGACAAGUUUCAAGAAUUAAGUAAAGAUAGGUUGAAUGAGUUGAUAGAGCUGGUUAAACAUAAUGAACCACCUCCAGAUUCCCCACAACCUGUUAUGGAAUCAAACACACAUGAUGUUCCAGUGUUGCCACCUGAGGAAGAUGAAAUGUCGGCUUUAGUUCAAGAUUUCAGCGAACAAACUGAAAUUAUUUACGACCAUCGUCGUUUCUUAACAAAUGAGACAAAGUCAUUUACGGGGGAAGAUUUGAUCACCUAUAUCACAAUUAAAAAGAAGACAGAUAGAGAUUCCGCUAAAGAAAUUGGCCAAGAACUGAUCAACAAGAAGUUUAUGGCAGCGGUAAAAAAGGUUCAAAACAUGAAAGAUGAUUCAACUCUAUAUCGCUUGCUCCAACAUUGGCCUUCAAAUGCAUUGAAUGCUGGCUUAACAUCCUACAAGGCAUUGACUUCUGCGUCAGAACUGUCUUUGUUGAUAAGGAAAACAAUAUUACAUCUCUAUGGUGACUUUCUUUCCAAGGACGGCAAACAUGUAGAUUACACGGGUAUCAGUGAAAGCGUGAAGUUUAAAGAUUACGUUGAACAAGUUGCUCAACUGCAAAGGGCACAGAUAGAUGACAUGCCAAGACAAGAGAGCUUGGCUUUCUUCAUCAACAUAUACAACGCACUUGUUAUUCAUGCGAAUAUCAAACUUGGCUUCCCAGAAACUACUUGGCAAAGAUACAAGUUUUUUAACGACGCAAGUUACAUCAUUGGUGGACAUAAAUUUAAUUUGCAAGAAAUUGAGAAUGGAGUUUUGAGAGCAAAUAGAAAGGGUGUUGGUAUGAUGGUGAAACCAUUCUCGAAAUCUGAUCCACGACUUCAGUAUAUCCUCCAACCAAAUGAACCUCUCAUACACUUUGCAUUGGUUUGUGGAGCCAAGAGUUGUCCACCUAUUAAAACUUAUUCUCCAGAUAAUAUAGAAAAUCAGUUGAAAUUGGCAGCAGCUUCCUUCCUUGAGGGUGAAGAUGGUUGUAGAGUGGACAAGAAACAAGGUCUCAUUGGUUUAAGUCUUAUAUUCAAGUGGUAUAAAGAAGAUUUUGGCAACACGCCCCAUGAGGUCUUACUAUGGGUAAAAGAACACAUGCCAAAUGGAUUGAAGAAACAAGAUUUAGCACUUCUAUUGGACAAGAAUGCAUAUAAACUAGUUUACCUACAUUAUGACUGGGGUUCAAACAAGAAAUAAAACUUUUUUUCUCACAAUAUAUAAUAUUAAGUGCAGGUACCAAGCAAAAACUGGUCAUAAUUUUGCAGGUUUAGUUUUUCUUUAUAAUUCUGUUGUUGAUUGUGAAGCUGUAGCGUAACUUCCCCAAACACAUUACACUCAGUUGUCACUUUAAAACAUAGUUUGUCUUGAAAUAAUUUCAAACUCGGGAUAUUUUCUGUGUCAAUUUUUGCAACGAAUUUUUCCACAUUCAACACAGAAAUAACAUAUUGCAUCAUAAGAUGGCACGCCUCCGUCCCAAAGCCGAGCUUUUGAUAUUUGGUCUCUGCAACCAUCACUGAUAUUUCAGCAUCCUGUUCGUGCAUAUAGACAUUAAUAUCGCCCACCAUGGCUCCAACAUCAUCUUGUUCGCUUAAAGUUUCUUGGGUUGGCUUUUGAAUUCGCGAUUUACAGAAUUCUCUGGAAUAUAUAAUGCUUGUUAUUUUAUUAUAUUUCACUGUCAAGCUCGCAUUUUUAGGUUUUUUGCUUGUUGCAACUGAGAAAUAUUGCAAUGUAUAUUUGCUUUUAUUAAUACAAAUUAUAAUCUUUGCUAUUUUCAUGCAGUUUUUUAGAUAAUUUCUGCCCAAAAAAUAGAUAAUUUCUGCCCAAA